AUGACUGUGCCUCAGAAGCGCCACAAUGUUCUCCAGCUGACAGCUCAGACAGCUACCACCACAGAAAUGGAUGGGACUUCAGGAGAUGGCUGUCUACACUGGGAGCCCCAGUGUCAGCAGCCAGUGCCUAAGGGUACGCCCAUCACUGUGGUCCCACUCCUACUCCUCACUGGGCCCUGGAUCUCAACCAGCUGUGAGGUCCGCCCAGGGCCAGAAUUCCUCACCCGCUCCUACACCUUCUACUCCAACCACCUCUUCCGAGCCUACCAGUUCUACUACAGGGACCCCUCCUGCCAGCAGCCUACCCACUCACUGCUCAUCAAGGGCAAAGUUCAUCUGCGCCAGGCCUCCUGGGUCACCCCGGGUGCCACCGAGGCCGACUACCAUCUGCACAAGGUGGGCAUAGUCUUUCACAGCCACCACGCCCUGCUUGACAUAGCCAGGCGCCUCAACCAGACCCAGGCUGGUCAGGACUGCACAGGACGGCUGCCCCCAGGCCAGACCUGGCUGCCAGGGACACUGUAUGAACUUCUGAGCUCCCAGGUCCCAGGUGACUGCAUGGUGGCACUGGGCUUCAGCAUGCACGAACUCAGUCUGCUGUGCCUGCAACGUCACAUCCAACAGCAGCCUGGGUUGGCACCUCAUCUAGUCGAGGAGUUGUUCCUUGGGGAUGUCCACACCGACUGGGCAGAGAGACAGCACUACCGUCCCACCGGCUACCAGAGCCCCCUGCAAAGUGUUGUGCACCACACUCGGCCCUGCCCGGCUUGCAGCCUCCUCGCCCACUCCAACGAGCACCGCCCACCUGUCCUGCCUUCCGGGCCAACCCUGCCUCUGCGCCUCGGUGGCCACUGGGUCAGCGUGGGCUGCGAGGCAAGGCCUGCGGUGCUGUUCCUCACACGGCACUUCAGCUUUGAUGACCGCAAACGCUCCUGGGAAGGGUGCUACCACCAUUUCUCCGACCCUGCCUGCCGCCGGCCUACCUUCACGGUGUUUGCGGCUGGCCACUACUCCAGAGGCACCCCAUCCCCUAGAGUCCACGGUGGCACGGAGCUGACGUUUGUGGUUACGCGGGCCCACGUGACCCCCAUGGACCGGGGCACUACAGACAUACUCAACUUCUCCAAGCCAAGCAGCUGUGGUGGCCCAGGAAUCUGGUCAGUAGGUACGGAGAGGGAUGUCACAGCCACCAACGGGUGCCUGCCCUUGGGCAUCAGGCUCCCACAUGUAGAGUAUGAGCUGUUCAAAAUGGAACAAGACCCCCAUGGGCAAAGCCUGCUCUUCAUUGGACAGAGGCCCACAGAUGGGUCCAGUCCUGAUACUCCUGAGAAACGCCCUACCUCCUUCCAGGCCCCCCUGAUGCUCUGCAAGAGGCAGGCCCAAGGGGCCCCCAGGCCCUCACGGCAAUGGCCUCCGAUGCAGAGACCCCCCAUUGGGUGGACCCCAUGUCUUCCUGUCAUCUCUCUCCCCUUGCUAUUCCUGACUCAAGAACUGGCCUUCUCUGAAUGGCUAUAACAUCAGCCUUUAACUUCCAUGGGAGCCCCUCGAACGCUGUAUGGCCCUCCCACAGACACCCACCUGGCUCUGUGUUGUCGGAGCAUUAUGGGGGAAGGACAGCCCUUCUCCGUGGCUCUGUCUUGGAUGAACAUAUGGCCCUGCCACCUCUAGUUUCGCCUGCAUCCCACAGCGCUCACCAGAACUACAAAGCCAGGACCAUAGACCAUGGCUAUGGCUGCAAGAUGCUGUUUCUAAAACCCUUCUGCUAGUUUUAAUC